GGUCGUGCCGCCAUCCGGGUGUUUAACGUGGGCGGCUCUGCUGCGGUCUGGGUGCCGGCUCUCUCCCUCUCUCGCUGCUGCUAGUUGGUACCAUGGGUGUAGAGGACGAGGAGGUGUCCCAUACCGGAGAGCCUGAGGAUGAAGAGGAAGAAGAAGAAUUAGUGGAUCCCAUAAUAAACAUCAGGGAGCAAUGCGAGCAGCUUGAAAAGUGUGUGCAACUGCGGUCACGCCUGGACACAUGCACAGAUCGAGUGAACUCUAGAUCACAAACAACAGAGACGUGCACAGAGGAGCUUUUUGAUUUCCUGCAUGCCCGUGACCACUGUGUGGCUGAGCAGAUCUUCAGUAGGUUGAAGUGAAGUCCAAUUCUGGAAGAAAAGUACUCGAAUUCCAUGUCCAAUUCUGAAGAAGGUAUAUGACACAUGAAUCUUCGUGGUCCACUGCACAAUGAUUCGGGUAUUACUGUGUCUGUAACUGAGUUUGGUGCCAGCAAUUGUCAUUAAUAAAUUUAUUGAACUUAAA